UAUCGAUUGGAAAAUGUACAAAAAUGAAAAAUAAAAAUCAAUCCAAAUUGCCUAUAUAAAUCAAUCGAAAUGUAUCAGAGUGUGGUGCUCACCAAUCAACUACUCUACGAAAUUCCUACUCAAACACACCGAAUUAUUAUUCAUUCUCGCUGCAAAUCUUCAAUUCAAUAAUCAUGGGUUCUGGAAACUACAAUGCAACUGAAUAUCAGAAAUUUCUUGAUCAAGUACAGUAUUCGAAAAAUGGAGUCGCUCGUUAUGAAUGGAUAUUUGGUGAAGGAUAUCUCUCAACUGGUGGUCUUGAAACAACCAAAGAAAUUGUUCCACAUUUAGAAUUGAAAUCUGGCCAAAAACUAUUGGAUAUGGGUUCGGGACUUGGUGGCCAUGACUUUUAUAUGGUGGAAAAAUAUGAUGUUUACAUUGAUGCCGUGGAUUUAUCACAAAAUAUGAUGGACGUUGUCAUGGAUUAUUAUAACAAAAAACCUCAUUUGAAAGAUAAAAUCAAUUUCCGUUUGUGCGACGUGACUAAGGCUGAAUUUCCAAGUAAUUAUUAUGAUGCUAUUUAUAGCCGUGAUGCUCUUUUGCACAUCAAAGACAAACAUCAAUUGUUCCAAAACUUUAUGAAAUGGCUUAAACCUGGUGGACGCAUCGUUUUUACUGAUUAUCUACGUGGUGAUGGCCAAACCAGUGAAGAAUUUCAACAAUACGUCAAACAACGUGAUUAUACACUAUGGACAAAAAACGAAUAUGAAAAAAUGUUGAAAGAAGUAGGAUUUGUCAAUCUUAAAGUUCAAGAAUCAAAAGAUCAAUUUGUCAAAUCAUUAGAACGUGAAUUGAAAAAACUAAGUGAUGGUAAACAAGAUUUCUUGUCGAAAUUCUCUCAAAAAGAUUACGAUGAUCUCGAAAAUGGAUGGACUGCCAAAAUCAAACGUGCCCAAAAUGAUGAUCAAUCGUGGGUUUUGGUUGUUGCAUUCAAGCCACAACAAUCAUAAUGAAUUGAAUUAUCAUCAUUUAUUUUAAUAAUAAUCAACAUGCAUGACUAACACAUUAUAGUUAGGUUUUGAAAUUUUAUAAAUUAAAAUUAAAAUUAAAAAAUAAAAUAAAAUAAAUAUAUGCCAUAAACCAUAAA